AUGGUGAGCAAGGAGAAGGUAGACAUGAUUCUGAUCCAAGAGACAAAACUGGAGGUCGUUGAUUCCAAGGUGUGUGCGACAAUUUGGGGGGAUGAAAAUUGUGCCUGGCAAGUGGUUCCAGCAGUAAACAGAGGUGGCGGGAUACUAUGCAUUUGGAGAGACGGUGCCUUCCAACUCGAUGAGGUACAUUUGGGACAUGGGUUUAUUGGUCUUGUGGGUACGUGGGAGAAUCAGAACCAAACUUGUGCUAUUGUGAAUGUGUACUCCCCAUGUAACAUGGAUGGGAAGAGAGUGUUGUGGGAAGCUUUAUUAGAAUGGAAAUCCAACAGCAGUAUUCAAGCUUGGUGUAUCGCAGGUGAUUUUAACGCGGCUAGAAGUGCUGAGGAAAGGCGUGGCAAGUCUACAGAUGAGGCACAAGGUAGGAGAGAGAUUGAUGGCUUUAAUGAUUUCAUUGACCGCAUGGAUGUAUUUGAUAUUCCUAUCCAAGGGAGGAAAUAUACGUGGUAUAGACCAAACGGGACAGCAAUGAGCAGGUUGGACCGGUUCUUGUUCCAAGGUCGGGCAGUGUUUGUUUUUAAAGAAAAGCUGAAGGCCUUGAAGGGACACCUCAAGAUAUGGAAUAAAGAGGUCUUUGGUAAUGUUAAUGAGAAGAAAAAAGAGCUAAUUGAAGCGUUUAAUGAGCUUGAUUUGAAGGCAGAGGAGGAGGAGCUAAGUGUGGAGGAGGUUCGGCUAAGACAAUCUUGGCUUGCUGAGUAUUGGAGGAUUUCUAAGUUGAACGAGUCCAUUCUCCAACAAAAAUCCAGAUCUCGUUGGAUUUGA